AUGACAGCGUUACAACUUCCAUUUCUUCUCUUGAAUCUUGUGCUUUUUGCGCUUCACUGUUCUUCAGCGCCAGCGGGAAGUCCAAAUGCUCAACGGGCAGGAAGAAGUCCAAAUGUCCAUCAAGCGAGCGCAGUACAAAGUCUGGCAGGUAAGGUUCUAAGUGUGCCCAUGUAUGUUCCGAACAAGAUCAUGGAAUAUCGUGCAACGACAGUACAAAAAGCUACUUUGCACAAACAAAGAGCACAGAACAAGCUAAAGCAAUACGAAUCGCAUUUCAAGGAAGCACAACAUCAUGCGCCAGUUGGUAAUACUGAACAUGAUAAUUAUAUGAAUUUAUUGGAAGAUCGUCAGAAAGCUGAAGCAAAUAUUCGUGUUCACAAUAUGGCAGGUAACGUCCUCAAGAACAUUCAUCAACCUUUACAUGAACGCGCAGAUACGAGCCUUAAAGGAGCCGUAGAUCACAUUCAAGCCAAAUUGGAUCAUGUGAAAAGCAAAGGUGUGAAUGAUGACGAUCUCACUUGGAAUCAUUAUGAUGCUUAUCGUGAUAGGAAGGAUGGAAUAAAGGCAGAAAUUGCAAAACAUGACAAAACCAUUCGUAGAAAUUCUGGUUUGUGGCCAUUUUAG